CCCUAUUGGCCCUCUCUCAUCUGAUCAAGGAAAUUCCUGAUCACGAGGACAGCUUGAUCUGGUAAAAUAACUGACACAAAACUGAUGAGGGACUGCUGGAUUUCCUUCUAAUGAGCAGAAGGCAGAUGGAUGAACCAAGGACGAGGAGGUGUCAAAGAAUUUUCAGCACACAGGAGAUCACACGUCAUCUUCACUGCAUUGACUGCUGUAUCUUGGCCUCGAGAGUGUGAGGGUAAACUGAAUACCCCACUGCUACCCCGAGAGAAAAACGAAUUGAUUCAAGAAGCAUCCACCCUGUCUUCCCUUCCAAAGACCCUUCUCUGCCCUGUCCCUAUGGUGCAGGUUGUCGAAGACGCUUGAUUGCGGUUAGAGCAGCAAGAAUCAACUGGAGAGAUUUUAAAUAUCCUGAUUCCCAGGCCACAGCCAGGCCAAUUAAAUUAGACUCUGAAGAAAUAUCAGCAUUAAAAAAAAAAAAAGAUUAAGUACCUCCAGUGUGCAGCCAAGUUUCAGAACCAGUGGGCUAAUCCGAGCAAGCGUGAGAAGGAAUUAGUGUGGCAUCUGACAAGGAGAUGAAGCUCUACCCACCCCCCCCAAGGACACUUAGGAGACAGUUGUUGCUGCAAAGAAACAGGGAAGAAAGAGAAAAGGAAGGAAGACAAAGUUGCAUGCUUCCUGUCGUUCUCCAAGUCUACUGGAGUCUCCCAGUGUGGGAGCCUAGGCUUGCACCUGCAGCUCAGGGUGGGGUGUGGUUGGUCCCCAAGGCCUAGGGGACUGGACUGGGCGGGGUGGGGUGACUGGAGGCAGCUACCCAGCGACACAUCAAUAGCUCCAGGCGUGGGCCGUGUGCUCCCCAGCGAAGGCGGCGCCUGCGGGGUGGAGAGCAAUUUGGGGGCGCAAAAGGAAGCUGGCUCGGGCGCAGGUGGCGCUCGCAGCCCCAGCCGACAGUUCAGCCAAUCGCGGGCGCAAGCGCAGCCUGGUGGCGGCGGCGGUAACGGAGCGCAGGGUUCUGGCAGGAGCCCGCGGAGGCAAAGGCGGCGCCAACAGAGAGCAGCGCGCAAGCUGGAGUGAGACCCGGCGGCGAGAGGAGGGAGUGAGAGCUCGGCGCCCGGGUGUUGCCUGGCAGAGCGAGGCGAACUUAGCAUGGGGAAGAAGUGGAGGGAUGCAGCGGAGGUGGAGCGGGGCUGCUCCGACCGCGACGACAGCGCGGAGAGCCGCAGGCGCAGCCGGAGCGCCAGCCGGGGCAGGUUUGCCGAGUCGUGGAAAAGGUUAAGUUCCAAGCAGGGAUCCACCAAGCGCUCGGGACUCCCAUCGCAGCAGACGCCGGCUCAGAAAUCCUGGAUAGAAAGAGCAUUUUAUAAGAGAGAAUGUGUUCACAUCAUACCCAGCACCAAAGACCCCCAUAGGUGUUGCUGUGGGCGUCUGAUCGGCCAGCAUGUGGGCCUCACUCCCAGUAUCUCCGUUCUUCAGAAUGAGAAAAAUGAAAGUCGCCUCUCCCGAAAUGACAUCCAGUCCGAGAAGUGGUCCAUCAGCAAGCACACUCAACUCAGUCCGACGGAUGCUUUUGGGACCAUUGAGUUCCAAGGUGGUGGCCAUUCCAACAAAGCCAUGUACGUGCGAGUGUCCUUCGAUACAAAGCCUGAUCUCCUUCUGCACCUGAUGACCAAGGAAUGGCAGCUGGAGCUUCCCAAGCUUCUCAUCUCUGUGCACGGGGGCCUGCAGAACUUUGAACUCCAGCCAAAACUCAAGCAAGUCUUUGGGAAGGGUCUCAUCAAAGCGGCCAUGACAACUGGAGCGUGGAUAUUCACGGGAGGGGUUAACACAGGUGUUAUUCGCCAUGUUGGAGAUGCCUUAAAGGACCAUGCGUCUAAGUCUCGAGGGAAGAUAUGUACCAUAGGCAUUGCCCCUUGGGGAAUUGUGGAAAACCAAGAGGACCUAAUUGGAAGAGAUGUCGUCCGGCCAUAUCAGACCAUGUCCAACCCCAUGAGCAAGCUCACUGUUCUCAACAGCAUGCAUUCCCACUUCAUUCUGGCCGACAAUGGGACCACCGGGAAAUAUGGAGCCGAAGUGAAGCUGAGGAGACAACUGGAAAAGCAUAUCUCUCUCCAGAAGAUAAACACAAGAUGCCUGCCGUUUUUCUCUCUUGACUCCCGCUUGUUUUAUUCAUUUUGGGGUAGUUGCCAAUUAGACCCAAUAGGAAUCGGUCAAGGCGUUCCGGUGGUGGCGCUCAUUGUGGAAGGAGGACCCAAUGUGAUCUCGAUUGUCUUGGAGUACCUUCGAGACACCCCUCCCGUGCCUGUUGUUGUCUGUGAUGGGAGUGGACGGGCAUCUGACAUCCUGGCAUUUGGGCAUAAAUAUUCAGAAGAAGGCGGACUUAUCAAUGAAUCUCUGCGGGACCAGCUGCUGGUGACCAUCCAGAAGACUUUCACGUACACGCGGACCCAAGCCCAGCAUCUGUUCAUCAUCCUCAUGGAGUGCAUGAAGAAGAAGGAACUGAUUACGGUAUUUCGGAUGGGAUCAGAAGGACACCAGGACAUUGAUUUAGCUAUCCUGACAGCUUUGCUCAAAGGAGCAAAUGCCUCGGCCCCAGACCAGCUGAGCUUAGCUCUAGCCUGGAACAGAGUGGACAUCGCUCGCAGCCAGAUCUUUAUUUAUGGGCAGCAGUGGCCGGUGGGGUCUUUGGAGCAAGCCAUGUUGGAUGCCCUAGUUCUGGACAGAGUGGAUUUUGUGAAAUUACUCAUAGAGAAUGGAGUAAGCAUGCACCGUUUUCUCACCAUCUCCAGACUAGAGGAAUUAUACAAUACGAGACAUGGGCCUUCAAACACAUUGUACCACUUGGUCAGGGAUGUCAAAAAGCGAGAAUAUCCAGGUUUCGGUUGGAUCUAUUUUAAGGGGAACCUGCCCCCAGACUACAGAAUCAGCCUGAUUGACAUCGGCCUGGUGAUCGAGUACCUGAUGGGCGGGGCUUAUCGCUGUAACUACACGCGCAAGCGCUUUCGGACACUCUAUCACAAUCUCUUUGGCCCCAAGAGGCCCAAAGCCUUGAAACUACUGGGAAUGGAGGAUGAUGUCCCCUUGAGGCGAGGAAGAAAGACCACCAAGAAGCGAGAAGAAGAGGUGGACAUUGACUUGGACGACCCUGAGAUCAACCACUUCCCUUUCCCUUUCCAUGAGCUGAUGGUGUGGGCUGUCCUGAUGAAGAGGCAGAAGAUGGCCCUAUUCUUCUGGCAGCAUGGCGAGGAGGCCAUGGCCAAGGCCCUGGUGGCCUGUAAGCUCUGCAAAGCCAUGGCUCACGAAGCUUCUGAGAAUGACAUGGUCGAUGACAUCUCCCAGGAACUGAACCACAACUCCAGGGACUUUGGCCAGCUGGCUGUGGAGCUCCUAGACCAGUCCUACAAGCAGGAUGAGCAGCUGGCCAUGAAGCUGCUGACGUAUGAGCUGAAGAACUGGAGCAACGCCACCUGCCUGCAGCUCGCCGUGGCCGCCAAGCACCGUGACUUCAUCGCGCACACGUGUAGCCAGAUGUUACUCACAGAUAUGUGGAUGGGCCGGCUCCGGAUGCGCAAGAACUCAGGCCUCAAGGUAAUUCUGGGAAUUCUACUUCCUCCUUCAAUUCUCAGCUUGGAGUUCAAGAACAAAGACGACAUGCCCUAUAUGUCUCAGGCCCAGGAAAUCCACCUUCAAGAGAAGGAGCCCGAAGAGCCAGAGAAGCCCACGAAGGAAAAAGAUGAAGAGGACAUGGAAUUGACAGCAAUGUUGGGACGAAACAAUGGGGAGUCUUCCAGAAAGAAGGAUGAAGAGGAAGUUCAGAGCAGACACCGGCUAAUCCCCCUGGGCAGAAAAAUCUAUGAAUUCUACAAUGCACCCAUCGUCAAGUUCUGGUUCUACACGCUGGCGUACGUCGGGUACCUGAUGCUGUUCAACUAUAUCGUGUUAGUGAAGAUGGAGCGCUGGCCUUCCACGCAGGAAUGGAUCGUCAUUUCCUACAUAUUCACCCUGGGAAUAGAAAAGAUGAGAGAGAUUUUGAUGUCAGAACCAGGGAAGUUGCUCCAGAAAGUGAAGGUGUGGCUGCAGGAGUACUGGAAUGUCACCGACCUAAUAGCCAUCCUUUUGUUCUCUGUCGGAAUGAUCCUUCGUCUCCAAGACCAGCCCUUCAGGAGUGAUGGGAGGGUCAUCUAUUGUGUGAACAUCAUUUAUUGGUACAUCCGUCUACUAGACAUCUUCGGCGUGAACAAGUAUUUGGGCCCAUAUGUAAUGAUGAUUGGAAAAAUGAUGAUAGACAUGAUGUACUUUGUCAUCAUUAUGCUGGUGGUACUGAUGAGCUUUGGGGUCGCCAGGCAAGCCAUUCUCUUUCCCAAUGAAGAGCCAUCAUGGAAAUUGGCCAAGAACAUCUUCUACAUGCCCUACUGGAUGAUUUAUGGGGAAGUGUUUGCGGACCAGAUAGACCGUAAGCAAGUUUAUGAUUCUCAUACACCAAAGUCAGCUCCCUGUGGACAGAAUGAGACCCGGGAGGAUGGCAAAAUAAUCCAGUUGCCUCCCUGCAAGACGGGAGCCUGGAUUGUGCCGGCCAUCAUGGCCUGCUACCUUUUAGUGGCUAACAUCCUGCUGGUCAACCUGCUCAUCGCUGUCUUUAACAAUACAUUCUUUGAGGUAAAAUCAAUAUCCAACCAAGUGUGGAAGUUUCAGAGGUAUCAGCUUAUCAUGACCUUCCAUGAAAGGCCGGUUCUGCCCCCACCGCUGAUCAUCUUUAGCCACAUGACCAUGAUAUUCCAGCAUCUGUGUUGCCGAUGGAGAAAACACGAGAGUGACCCAGAUGAGAGGGACUACGGCCUGAAACUGUUCAUAACUGAUGAUGAGCUCAAAAAAGUACACGAUUUCGAAGAGCAGUGCAUAGAGGAAUAUUUCAGAGAAAAGGAUGAUCGAUUCAAUUCCUCUAAUGAUGAGAGGAUACGGGUGACUUCAGAAAGGGUGGAGAACAUGUCCAUGCGGCUGGAGGAAGUCAACGAGAGAGAGCACUGCAUGAAGGCCUCGCUCCAGACUGUGGACAUCCGGCUGGCGCAGCUCGAGGACCUCAUUGGGCGCAUGGCCACAGCCCUGGAGCGCCUGACAGGUCUGGAGCGGGCUGAGUCCAACAAGAUCCGCUCCCGGACCUCCUCAGACUGCACGGACGCCGCCUACAUUGUGCGCCAGAGCAGCUUCAACAGCCAGGAGGGGAACACCUUCAAGCUCCAAGAGAGUCUAGACCCUGCAGGUGAGGAGACCAUGUCCCCAACUUCUCCAACCCUAAUGCCCCGUAUGAGAAGCCAUUCUUUCUAUUCUGUCAGUAUGAAAGACAAAGGUGGUAUAGAAAAGUUGGAAAGUCUUUUUAAAGAAAGGUCCCUGAGCCUACACCGGGCUACUAGUUCCCACUCUGUAGCAAAAGAAUCCAAAGCUCCCGCAGCCCCUGCAAACACCUUGGCCAUUGUUCCUGACUCCAGAAGACCAUCUUCGUGUAUAGACAUCUAUGUCUCUGCCAUGGAUGAACUCCACUGUGACAUAGACCCUCUGGACAAUUCCAUGAACAUCCUUGGGCUGGGUGAGCCCACCUUUUCGGCUCCAGCACCUUCCACAGCUCCUUCAAGUAGUGCCUAUGCAACUCUCGCACCCACAGACAGACCUCCAAGCCGGAGCAUUGAUUUUGAGGAUAUCACCUCCAUGGACACUAGAUCUUUUUCUUCAGACUAUACCCACCUCCCAGAAUGCCAAAACCCCUGGGACACUGACCCUCCCAUGUACCAGAGCAUCGAGCGUUCCAAAAGUAGCCGCUACCUAGCCACCACGCCCUUUCUUCUAGAAGAGGCCCCCAUCGUGAAAUCUCAUAGCUUCAUGUUUUCUCCUUCGAGGAGCUACUACGCCAACUUUGGGGUGCCCAUGAAAACAGCAGAAUACACAAGUAUUACAGACUGUAUUGACACAAGGUGUGUCAAUGCCCCUCAAGUGAUUGCUGACAGGGCCACCUUCCCUGGCAGUCUUGGAGGCAAAGUGGAGGAUUCAUCCUGCUGCCAUCCCGAACGAGAAGCAGAACUGAGUCACCCCAGCUCUGACAGUGAGGAGAAUGAGGCCAAAGGCCGGAGAGCCACCAUCACCGUACCCUCCCAGGAGGGUGAUAACUCAGACAGAACCCUGUCCAACAACAUCGCGGUUCCCAAGAUAGAGCGUGCCAACAGCUACUCGGCAGAGGAGCCAAGUGCGCCAUAUGCACACACCAGGAAGAGCUUCUCCAUCAGUGACAAACUCGACAGGCAGCGGAACACAGCAAGCCUGCGAAAUCCCUUCCAGAGGAGUAAGUCCUCCAAGCCGGAGGGGCGAGGGGACAGCCUGUCCAUGAGGAGACUGUCCAGAAUGUCCGCCUUCCACAGCUUUGAAAGCAAGCACAACUAAACCUUAAUAAGCAUUGCAGGAGGCUCAAGAAUCCAGCCCUAAACUUCUCCCCGAACGCCACCUGUUCCCCUUCCUUGAAACUGAUCUGCUUUAUUCUUAGCUGAGCAAAACAAGCAAUGCCUUGGGAGGUGUUAACUCAAAGGUGACUUCUGGGCCACCGAUCAAGAAAGCACUUGGUCUAGCCCAGUGCCAAACACGGGGGCUUUAAGUCGUGUUCACACUUGAUGGGUAGGGAGGGAAAAGAGGGAGAAGAAGGGUUGAGGUGAAUGUGUAUGUCUAGUGACUUCAGAAAGCCAUGAGCUCUGGGACCGAAGGGGCUUCAAGCAUUCUCCAUGCCAGGAGGCAUCUUUCCAUUUCUGACCAUUGUCAAGAGUUUUAGGAUACAGGGCUAAAUUGCGAAAUAAGAUAAAAAUAAAGUAGCCAGCAUACAAAUGAGAUAUUCUAAACUUCAAUUCUGUUUUCUUUUCACAUUGGCUCCAUCACUGGUGACUGAUGAAGAGCAUCCUUUUUAUUCAGUAUAAGCCGGCAGCAAGCAGUUCUACCUAACGUCCCACAUCCUUCUCAUGCCAACACUUCUGUAAUUGAUCAUUAUAAAGAAAAAACAAGGUAACAGUCAUAGUUCACCUGUCUCUUAUAUAUUCACUUCUGGUGCCACAACUGUUUAUCUUUUUGGAAGAAAAUAAAGGGAAAAGAAAUGCCUUUUUGUAUUGCAAUCAAAGUGAAAGAAGAAUUGAGGCUAAAAAAAAUUUGUCAAGUGGUUUAUGAUAUACAGUGGGCAUUCAAGUAUAGUCGAGCAAGCUCAGGAUGAAUGUAAUUAAAUAAUUUUAUAUUUUUUAAUUUAUUUUGUAUCUCACCUAUCAUCAAUGAAGUCACUCACUGAAUAUGUGAUAGUGAACUAAAAGAAAAAAAAAUAGUGGGCAGAACUCACCUAAAAUUGCCAUGUGCUAUACUGUUAUAUUCCCACCAUCCGUGUCAUGUGUCAUGCUGCUGUACGAUUGUCAUCAUUUGCAUGACUCCACCAUGUCUUCUGAACAUCUCCAAGAUAUACCUGGAAGUUCUUCACACCACUCAUCACAUGACCAUUUUGUAUAUGAAGAUCUGAUCACAUGUGGAUAUUUUCAUACCUAGAGUUUUGCCAUUUAAUCUGAGCUCAGCAUAAAUUUAAUUGGAGUUUUUCAAGGGCUGGUAUCUUUUUUAUGGAAAUGUCCCAAAGUACUUUUUAAGGAAGUUUCAAAUCAUAAAUAACCUUAGAAUUGACUGGGAAUUUGGUAUCAACCCAAAGCCAUCAUUUGCGGGCAUACCAUGAAUAUUUUUCUUAUAUACAGAGCUAUAAAAAUGAUAUAGUAGACUCAAGUAGAAAGCAAAUAAACCACGUAAAGACUUCUAUAGUAUAUGCUGCUUAUAUACGUAUAUAUGCAUUCACACAGAGACAUGUUUAUAUAUAGUAUAUAAACAGGCAUAUAGAGCUUUCUUAAGAGGCUUGGACUUUUCUAUUACCUUGAGAUAUAACCAGGAUUUUUUAAUAUCCAAGGAGUUCCAUUGAAAGAUUUCAUUCUGUUACGUUGGAUUUUGACAGAUGUUGAAAUUUUGUUUUGUUUUGUUUUUUAAAUCCCUAUGACCUUAACUCUUCCUUGUACCAAACUAAAGUUGCCAAAAUGACUGGCUACCUGCCCUCUGCUUCUUUUCUGUCCGGAAACACUUGCUGUGAUGACAUCUUAUUUAGUCUGGUUUCUCCUGCACAAAGUGGUUACACCAAGUACACUCUGAAUUAGACAUGCAUUUCUAAACUGGAUAGUAUUAUGGACUCUUUAGUACAGACGUACACUGCUAGGUCAGAACCUGGAUUGGAAGGGGGGAUAAAGAAAUACCCUCAGAUCUUCCAAUUCCUACUUGUGUCACUGAUUUUCAAAAGAAUAAAAUCUUUAAGGAAAAUGACCUAAUGUUCUUGCCCCCCAAAAUAAUAUGUGGUUCUCCUGUUGAGUUGUCAUUGUGAGCUCCAAAUUUUCUCAUUAUGUGAAAUCAAGUAAAUACAUGGGCAAAAGCUCUAGGCUUUAGGGUCUUUUUUUUUUUUUAACCCCUCUGAGCAAGCCUUUUGGAUAUAGAAAUAGAUAGUUAUGAGGCCACAUAUAAAGAAUUAAAGAUUUACUUUUCACUCUUUGGUAUCUGGGUGAAUCGGACACAAGCAACCAGAUUCCCUCGUGCGUAAUUGCUCUAGAAAUGCUUACAUUUUUAUUGAGCCCCAUAUUGGCUGUUUCCCUUUCAGCAAACAUGCGUUUAGUCUGAGAAUAAAUCAGUUGCCCUUAAACUUCCUUGAGUCCUGAAUCUCAGUGAGAAUCUGACGAAAGCUCUGGUCCCUCUCCCCAGAAAAAAAAUGUACAUACAUGGAGAGUUGCAAUAUAACUUGAAAGGGUCCAUGUACCCCUGGUUCCAUGUUGCUUGAUAACGAGGAAGAAGAACCAUGUUUGUUCAUAAUCAAUACAGUUGUAAUAGGCACUUUACAUUUGAGACCAUUUCUCUGUGAUUCUCAGGAAGGCCAAGUCUUAGCACCAGAGUUGGAACCAAGAUUUUAUUCCUUUGGUCCCUUAAAUUCUAUUUUGCUAGUUUGAUGUACUGGUAGCCUAACAUUUGAUGAUUUAAAAAGCCAGAAGGCUCUCUGAGUGAGUCCGUGGAGGAAUCCAAGAAGGAGGUGAAACCAUUAUUCUUUGGCCACAGAGCAGGACAUCUCGGCACCUCUAGGGCCCCAUUCUAGACCAGAUGGAAAGUGAGGGAAAGAAAUUAUGUGCACAAGUGUUUCCAUUCAUCAUGAUUUCUGGAGAGAACAGAAGAGGACCGCAGAAACACAGUACUUACCAGUCCUGACCUUGUGACUGCCUAGUUCUUUUGUUGUACAGGAAAACGAAGCUCUUACAGCUUUCGUGAAGUGUGCAAAAUACAUACGCCAAAUUUAAAUGACUUUAAACGUAAGCUGUUCAAUUCUCAUGAGCCAUUUCUUUCCUGUGCACAUACAUGUGCAUUCUGCUUCAACCCAUUUCUUCCCAUUUCUGGGUUCUCUGCUCUCCGAUAUGACAUGGAUUCUGUGGCCUUGUACAGUCAGCUUGUGUUCAGCUCGUUUAUUCCAUCCCAUCCCUGAUCAAGGGGACGUUAAUUACCUGUCUCUGUGAAUUAAGCAGCUCGUGAGCAGCACAUUAUUGAGGAACGUAAAUAAAGUCAUAGAGACCUCACAGAAGUAAUAGCUUUGGUUUCAUCAUCUGCUUCUGAGGUGCCAAUUUUUACAUGCUACCAUACAUAAUGAUUUGUUCUAAGUCGCUUGUUCCUUUUGAAAAAAAAAAUUAAGAGUGUUUUAUGAAAAUGGCCAUGGAAAUUCCCUGAUUGACCCACAUACUUAUGGUUAGAAACUUCCUCCUUGAUGGAUUUGAAUGAGGAGCUGGAAAACUUGGGCACAAUUGUCAUGGCUAGUUCGUAAAUUUCUCUAAGCCAGAAGGCAUAUUAGCAGGCAGAAUACAGCACUUUACCAGAACUGGCUUUCCUUUUAAGUCUAAGCUUCCAGGUGUAGGAUAUAUAUUUAGCACUUUGAAAGUUCCCCUUUAAUAAAAAAA